CUUUUCUGCAUCUCCCAUCUCUCUUCUUCUCCGAUCCGUUCAUCUUCUACUUCUUUUUUAACUCGAGUUGCUCCUCAUUUUGUCUUCUUCUUCUUCAUUGCACUUGUCCUCUUCUUCUUCUUACGCAGUAGGAGUUCGGUACUUGGGUAUGAUGGAACCGAUGGAGUCAUGUGUCCCACCGGGCUUUCGUUUCCACCCAACAGACGAAGAGCUUGUAGGCUAUUAUCUCAGGAAGAAAGUAGCUUCUCAGAAGAUAGAUCUUGACGUUAUCAGAGAGAUCGAUCUAUACCGCAUUGAACCAUGGGAUCUGCAAGAAAGAUGCAGGAUCGGGUAUGAGGAACAGAACGAAUGGUAUUUCUUCAGCCACAAAGACAAGAAAUAUCCGACGGGGACGAGGACGAACAGAGCAACCGUGGCUGGGUUCUGGAAGGCGACCGGAAGAGACAAGGCUGUGUACGACAAGACCAAGCUCAUAGGAAUGAGGAAGACCCUUGUUUUCUACAAAGGAAGGGCCCCUAAUGGACAGAAAACUGACUGGAUCAUGCAUGAGUAUAGGCUUGAAUCUGAUGAAAAUGCAACCCCUCAGGAAGAAGGAUGGGUUGUAUGCAGAGCAUUCAAGAAAAGAAACAAUGGCCAAACGAAGACAAUAGAAGGAUGGGAUUCAGGUUACUUUUAUGAGGAGACAAGUGGAGGCGACUUCGUAACAAGGCAGCCUCAGAGUUUGUUAGCUCAAAGUUUUUUAUGUAAGGAGGAGAUAGAAGCAGAUAAUAACUUAAGCUUCAUGCACUCAGACCAGUUCGUACAGCUUCCUCAGCUAGAAAGUCCAUCUCUGCCAUUAAUAAAGAGGCCAAGCUCGUCACUAGUGUCUUUAAUAUCACGCGAUAAUAAUAAAGAAGAUGACCAAAACAGGCUGGUCAACAACAACAACAGCAGAGUGACUGAUUGGAGGGCUCUUGACAAAUUUGUGGCUUCUCAAUUGAGUCAAGAUCAAGAGAGGCAUGAGAGUAGUGAUAAUCAUGGAGUGCCAGGCUUUGAAACCCAUGAGGCAAUGCUGCUAUUGCAGAGUAGGGAUGAAAGCAACAAGUUCAGCCCAUUUUUAAAUGGAAACUCAGACUGUGACAUUGGGAUAUGCGUGUUUGAGAAAUGAAGAAUUAAAGAAGUACGGGAAGAGAAGGAAAGGUUUUUAUUGGGACGCACGUAGUACUAUAUAAAAUACUAGUUCAUGUGAUGAGUGCCUGAGACAUGUAUUUUUGUGAAAAUAUUCUCCUUUGAAUUGAUGAGACGCAUGCCCCCAAGAUGACUCUAGAAUCUAGAUAGUUUCUUUCAUGUUUAAAUUAUAUCACAAACAAGAGCGCCCUGGCAUAAUAGCAUAAGAGUCUCUCAUGCCUAAGAGUCAAGAUUCGAUAAUAUGACAGUAGAGAGAAUAAUCCUCCAUGCUCUUCCUAUUAUAUGUGCCUUAUCACCUGUAUUCUACGUAAAGAAGUAUUAUGUACUCUUUUCUUAGUGUUGGAAAAUUCUACGACGUUUCUAUCC